GGCGGGGCGGGGCUUGGUGGUGCUCAGAAUCCGACUGCGGCACCUUCCCGGCCGCCAGAAGCAGCAGGUUCACAGGCCGCCUCGCCGCUCCCCUGCCCUCCGCCUCGCGCCCCCGCCGUGGCCGGCGAUGAGCGCGAGGGACCAGCAUGAGCGCAGACAGCAGCCCUCUCGUGGGCAGCACGGCCGCCAGUUAUGGGACCCUGACGAUAGAGACAUCUCUAGAUCCCCUCAGCUCCUCAGUUUCAUCCGUGAGGCUCAGCGGCUACUGUGGGAGUCCAUGGAGGGUUAUAGGCUAUCACGUCGUGGUCUGGAUGAUGGCAGGGAUCCCUUUGCUGCUCUUCCGGUGGAAGCCGGUGUGGGGGGUGCGGCUGCGAUCCCAGCCAUGCAACCUGGCCCGCGCCGAAACACUCGUCAUCGAAAUAAGAGACAAAGAGGGUAGCUCCUGGCAGCUCCACACUGUCCGGGUGCAGACUGAGGCCAUCAGUGGGGGCCGCCUGGAGCUGCCCCCACAGGCCCAGGCGGAGGACGGCCGAAGCCAGGUUGCCGUGGGGGCAGUGCCUGAGGGUGCGUGGAAGGACACCGCCCAGCUCCAGGGCAGUGAAGAGGCAGCAAGUGGACAGCGGCAGGUGCUGCGGUACUACCUCUUCCGGGGCCAGCGAUAUGUCUGGAUAGAGGCCCAGCAGGCCUUCUGCCAAGUCAGCCUGCUGGACCGCGGCCGCACAUGUGACGACAUCCACCGUUCCCGCUCCGGCCUCGGCCUCCAGGACCAAGCCGUGAGGAAGACCAUCUACGGCCCCAACGUGAUCAAUGUACCGGUCAAGUCCUAUCCCCAGCUGCUGGUGGAUGAGGCGCUGAAUCCCUACUACGGGUUCCAGGCCUUCAGCAUCGGGCUGUGGCUGGCCGACCACUACUACUGGUACGCUCUGUGCAUCUUCCUCGUCUCCUCCGUGUCCAUCUGCCUGUCUCUCUACAAGACCAGAAAGCAAAGCCAGACCCUGAGGGACAUGGUCAAGCUGUCCAUGCGGGUGUGUGUGUGCCGGCCUGGGGGAGAGGAGGAGUGGGUGGACUCCAGCGAGCUCGUGCCAGGAGACUGCCUGGUGCUGCCCGAAGAGGGCGGGAUGAUGCCCUGCGACGCCGCCCUGGUGGCUGGCGAGUGCAUGGUCAACGAGAGCGCUCUGACAGGGGAGAGCGUUCCAGUGCUGAAGACGGCCCUGCCGGCAGGGCCAGCGCCCUACUGCCCAGAGACCCACAGGCGACACACACUCUUCUGCGGGACUCUCGUCUUGCAGGGCCGGGCCAUCGUGGGACCCCACGUCCUAGCGGUGGUGACCCGAACAGGGUUCUGCACAGUGAAAGGGGGGCUGGUGAGCUCCAUCUUACAUCCCCGGCCUAUCAACUUCAAGUUCUACAAACACAGCAUGAAGUUUGUGGCUGCCCUUUCCGUUCUGGCUCUCCUCGGCACUAUCUACAGCAUCUUCAUCCUCUGCCGGAACCGGGUGCCUGUGAGGGAAAUUGUGAUCCGGGCUCUGGACCUGGUGACGGUGGUGGUGCCGCCCGCCCUGCCCGCUGCCAUGACCGUGUGCACACUCUACGCCCAGAGCCGGCUGCGCAGCCAGGGCAUCUUCUGCAUCCACCCGCUGCGCAUCAACCUGGGGGGCAAGCUCCGGCUGGUGUGCUUCGACAAGACAGGCACCCUCACUGAGGAUGGCUUGGAUGUGAUGGGUGUGGUGCCCCUGCAGGGGCAGGCCUUCCUGCCACUGGUCCCAGAGCCCCGCCGCCUGCCCACGGGGCCCCUGCUCCGAGCACUGGCCACCUGCCACGCCCUCAGCCGGCUCCAGGACACCCCAGUGGGCGACCCUAUGGACCUCAAGAUGGUGGAAUCUACUGGCUGGGUCCUGGAGGAGGGGCUGGCUGCAGACUCAGCAUGUGGGACCCAGGUCUUAGCAGUGAUGAGGCCUCCCGUCAUGGAGCCCCAGCUGCAGGGUGUGGUGGAGCCCCUGGUGCCGCUCAGCAUCCUUGGCCGCUUCCCCUUCUCAUCGGCCCUGCAGCGCAUGAGCGUGGUGGUGGCGUGGCCAGGGGCCGCUCAGCCCGAAGCCUACGUCAAGGGCUCCCCUGAGCUGGUGGCUGGCCUCUGCAGCCCCGAGACAGUGCCCACCCACUUCGCUGAGGUACUGCAAAGCUAUACUGCCGCUGGCUACCGCGUCGUGGCCCUCGCGGGCAAGCCGCUGCCCAUCACGCCCAGCCUGGAGGCGGCUCAGCGACUGGCCAGGGACACCGUGGAGCAGCAACUGAGCCUCCUGGGGCUGUUGGUCCUGAGGAACCUGCUUAAGCCACAGACCACGGCAGUCAUCCAGGCUCUGCGGAGGACCCACAUCCGCACGGUCAUGGUGACAGGGGACAACCUGCAGACAGCAGUCACUGUGGCCCAGAGCUGCGGCAUGGUGGGCCCCCAGGAGCGCCUGGUCAUCCUCCGUGCCGCUCCCCCUGAGCGGGGCCAGCCUGCCUCCCUCGAGCUCCUGCCAGUGGAGUCCCCUGUGGCCAUGAACGGGGCUAAGGACCCUGACCAGGUCUCAAGCUACACCGUGGAGCCAGACCCCCGAUCCAGCCACCUGGCCCUCAGCGGGUCCACCUUUGGUGUCCUCGUGAAGCACUUCCCCAAGCUACUGCCCAAGGUCCUAGUCCAGGGCACUGUCUUCGCCCGCAUGGCUCCUGAGCAGAAGACAGAGCUGGUGUGUGAGCUGCAGAAGCUCCAGUACUGCGUGGGCAUGUGCGGGGACGGCGCCAACGACUGCGGGGCCCUGAAGGCGGCGGACGUGGGCAUCUCCCUCUCCCAGGCCGAGGCCUCCGUGGUCUCGCCCUUCACCUCGAGCGUGGCCAGCAUCGAGUGUGUGCCCAUGGUCAUCAGGGAAGGCCGCUGUUCCCUCGACACGUCCUUCAGCGUCUUCAAGUACAUGGCCCUGUACAGCCUGACCCAGUUCAUCUCCGUGCUGCUCCUGUACACGAUCAACACCAACCUGGGCGACUUGCAGUUCUUGGCCAUAGACCUGGUCAUCACCACCACAGUGGCCGUGCUCAUGAGCCGCACCGGGCCGGCGCUGGUGCUGGGCCGGGCGCGGCCGCCAGGGGCGCUGCUCAGUGUGCCCGUGCUGAGCAGCCUGCUGCUGCAGGUGGCCCUGGUGGCCGGCGUGCAGCUGGGGGGCUACUUCCUGACGGUGGCCCAGCCCUGGUUCGAGCCUCUGAAUGGGACAGUGCCUGCACCAAACAACCUGCCCAACUAUGAGAACACAGUGGUCUUCUCUCUGUCCAGCUUCCAGUACCUCAUCCUGGCCGCAGCCGUGUCCAAGGGGGCGCCCUUCCGCCAGCCGCUGUACACCAACGUGCCCUUCCUGGUGGCCCUGGCGCUCCUGGCCUCCAUCCUAGUGGGCCUCCUCCUGGUCCCUGGCCUCCUGCGGGGGCCACUGGAGCUAAGGAACAUCAGUGACACCUGCUUCAAACUGCUGCUGCUGGGCCUGGUCGCCUUCAACUUCGUGGGGGCCUUCAUGCUAGAGAGUCUGCUGGACCAGUGCCUCCCCAACUGUCUGCGGUGGCUGCGGCCCAAAGGGGCCUCCAAGAAGCGCUUCAAGCAGCUGGAGCGGGAGCUGGCCGAGCGGCCCUGGCCGCCACCCACUGGGCCCGGGGGAUAGUGCGCCCUGUCUGGCACCCUGGACCCUGGAUCUCCCUUCCUCCAAGCCACCGACUGGGCCCCGUCUCCAGAGACAGUCCCAGCCCUGAGGUUGGCGGCCGUCACACUCCUGCCCCUAGUCUGCCCGGCCCAGCCUUCCUGCCCCCACUUGGGGAAACGCUAACUGUCGUCUCCCUGUUCAGACAUCCCACGUAGAGACAGCAGCCUCCAAGCCACUCAGAGCUGUUGUCAGUGUAGCAAAUAAAAUCACUAUUUU